AAAAAAAGAAAUAAUUCCUUAAGAGAUGCCAUCAAAGAGAAGAAAUAAUGGUCGUUCAAAGAAAAAUAGAGGUCACGUCAAGCCAGUAACAUGCUCAAAUUGUUGCAGAUUAGUCGGCAAAGAUAAAGCCAUCAAAAGAUUCACAGUGAGAGACAUUGUUGAUGCAUCAUCAAAGAAAGACAUUUUGGAAGCCUCUGCUUAUGAAUCCAAAUAAUAAUAGUCAAUUCCCAAAUUAUUUGACAAACUUCAAUAUUGCAUUUCUUGUGCCAUCCAUGCACGUAUCGUUAGAGUGAGAUCAUCUGAAGACAGAAAAAUUCGUGUUAUUGAAAGAAAACGACCUGUUUAAUAAUCAACAUAAAAAAAAGAUGCCCCAAAACCAUAAGCUCCAGUUGCAGCUUAAUGAUAUAUCUAAUACAAACAUACAUUAUAAAAUUUGAAUUUCUUUCAUUUAUCAA